CGGAAGCGCGGCGGCGGCCGAGGUGCUGCUGGGUUACGGGGCCGCGGGCAGCCGGCGGGCGGCGGACGAUGGAGGACCCUGCGCAGGAUGGCACGGCCGCACCCAGCACCCCCGGGACCGGGAAGUCGAAGCUGGAAACGCUGCCCAAGGAAGAUCUCAUCAAGUUUGCCAAGAAGCAGAUGAUGCUAAUACAGAAAGCUAAAUCAAGGUGUACAGAAUUGGAGAAAGAAGUUGAGGAACUCAAAUCAAAACCUGUUGCUGGAGGAACUGAUGACAUUAUUAAGGCACUAACCGAACGUCUGGAUGCUGUUCUUCUGGAGAAAGCAGAGAGUGAACAGCAGUGUCUUUCUCUGAAGAAGGAAAAUAUUAAAAUGAAGCAAGAGGUUGAGGAUUCUGUAACUAAGAUGGAAGAUGUGCGGGAGGAGUUUGAACGGUCACAUAGACACUACGUGAAAGAAAUUGAAACUCUGAAAAAUGAGUUGUUGGUAGUACAUUCCAAACACAGUGAAGAUAAAGCUAGCUUGCAAAAAGAACUGGAAGCAGCAACAAAUAAACAAUUAGAACUUUCAGAACAACUUAAAAUUCAGAAUGACUCUGAGGAUAAUGUUAAAAAGCUACAAGAAGAAAUACAGAAAAUUAGACCAGCUUUUGAGGAGCAAAUCUUAUAUUUACAGAAGCAGUUAGAAGCUGUGACUGAUGAAAAGAAACAAGAAAUUGCUCACCUCCAAAAAGUUAUUGAGUCUAAUUCUCAGCACUACCAAAAAGAUAUAAGUAGUUUGCAAGAAGAGCUUUUCCAGUUGAAAGCUACACACCAAGAAAAGGUCAAAGAAUUGAUGUGCCAAAUUGAAACAUCAGCUAAGGAGCAUGAAACAGAAAUAAAUAAGUUAAACCAACUAAACGAAAACUUAGUAAAGCAGUGUGAGGCAAGUGAGAAGAAUAUUCAGGAGAAAUAUGAAUGUGAAUUAGAAAACUUGAAGAAAGCCACCUCAAAUGCAAACCAGGAAAGUCAGAUAUGUUCUGUGCUCUUAAAAGAAGAUACUGUUGUAGAACAGGUAGUAAACGAAAAAGUCAAACACUUAGAAGAUACCUUAAAAGAACUGGAAUCUCAACAUAGUAUAUUAAAAGAUGAGGUAACCUAUAUGAAUAAUCUUAAAUUAAAACUUGAAAUGGAUGCCCAACAUGUAAAGGAUGAGUUUUUUCAUGAGCGGGAAGACUUAGAGUUUAAAAUUAAUGAACUGUUACUAGCUAAAGAAGAUCAGGGCUGUAUAAUUGAAAAAUUAAAAUCUGAGCUAGAAGAUUUAAAUCGACAGUUUUACUGUACUGUAGAAAAACAUGACAAAGAAGUACAGAGUCUUAAGGAUCAGUAUCAAAAAGAAAUAUCAGAACUAAAUGAAACAUUUCUGUCAAGUUCAGAAAAAGAAAAAUUAGCAUUAAUGUUUGAAAUACAGGGCCUUAAAGAACAAUGUGAAAACCUACAGCAAGAAAAGCAAGAAGCAAUCUUAAAUUAUGAGAGUUUGCGAGAGAUUAUGGAAAUUUUACAAACAGAGCUAGGAGAAUCUGCUGGAAAAAUAAGUCAGGAAUUUGAGUCAAUGAAGCAGCAACAAGCAUCUGAUGUUCAUGAACUUCAGCAGAAACUCAGAACUGCUUUCAAUGAGAAAGAUGCUCUUCUUGAAACUGUGAAUCAGCUCAAAGGAGAAAAUGAAAAGUUACUGUCUCUACAAGACUUCGUACCAGAACUUGAAAAUACCAUAAAGAACCUUCAAGAAAAGAAUGAAGAGUACUUAGUUAGCCUCAGUCAGAGAGAUACCAUGUUACAAGAAUUGGAAGCAAAGGUAAACUCCUUCACUGAGGAAAAGGAUGAUUUCCUAAAUAAAAUAAAAAAUUCUCAUGAAGAGGUAGAUAAUCUCCAUGAAAAAUAUGAAAAGCAGGAAAGAUUGAUUAUAGAACUUGAGGAGAAAGUGGAACAGACUACCCAGUACAACAGUGAAUUAGAGCAAAAGGUAAAUGAAUUAACAGGACAACUAGAAGAAACUUUAAAAGAAAAGAACCAAAAUGACCAGCAAAUAGAAAAACUAAUGGUUCAAGUUAAAACUCUCUCUGAAGACCAAGAAGCGUUGGCAUCUGAAGUGAAGUCUCUUAAUGAAGAGAAUAAUAGACUAAGUUCAGAAAAGAACCAGUUGAGUAAGGAUUUGGAAGCUCUUUUAUCUCGAAAAGAUGAUGUUAUCCUUAAAGAACGUAUUACUGAAUUAGAAAAGAAGCUUCAGUUAACAGUUGAAGAGCGAGACAAUUUAAGUAAACUGUUUGAAAGUGAACAAGCUCAGAAGUUAUUUGUCAAAACACAGUUGUAUGGUUUUCUUAAACAGAUGGGAUUGGAAGUUUCAGAAGAAAAUGAAGAGCAAGAUGCUAUAAGUGUCCUACAAACCAUAGGUGAAGCCUUAGCAAAAUCAAAUGAGGAAAAACAUAACUUGUCUUCUCAAUAUGAUGAAAAGGUAUUAGAGCUAGAAAAAAAUAUUAAGUUCCUUCAGGAAGAGAAUGUAGUUCAAUGUGAAGAACUUAGAUGUUUAUUAAGAGACUAUGAGCAAGAGAAAGCUCUCUUAAGGAGAGAGUUAGAAGAAACCAUGUCAGAAAAGGAGUCUCUGCAAUUUGAUCUUCUAGAAAUGAAAAAUGCCAAUGAAAAAACAAGACUUGAAAAUCAGAAUCUUUUAAUUCAGGUUGAAGAAUUGUCUCAAAAGUAUGACAAAAAUGAAACCCAUAAUGAAAAAGACUCUUUGAUAAUGGAACAGGAAAACCUAAGGUCAUCACUGGAACAAAAAGAAUCUGAAUUACAAGAUGUGAGAGCAGAGUUGAUGUUAUUAAAGGAUUCUUUAGAGAAAACACCUAUAAAAACUGAUCAGCACUCCCCAAUGAAAGAGCUGGAAGAAAAAAUCGGAAAUCUGGAAAAAGAAUCCAAAGAGAAGGAGGAGAAAAUAAGUAAGAUAAAACUAGUUGCUGUGAAGGCAAAGAAAGAACUAGAUUCUAGCAGGAAAGAGGCCCAGAAUCUGAAGGAAGAACUUGAAUCUGUUCGGUCAGAAAAGGAUCAGUUGUCUGCUUCUGUCAGAGAUCUCAUCCAAGGAGCGGAAAGCUAUAAGAAUCUUUUGUUAGAAUAUGAUAAGCAGUCAGAGCAGUUGGAUGUGGAAAAAGAGCGUGCUAAUAAUUUUGAACAUCAUAUAGAAGACCUUACAAAACAAUUAAGAAAUUCAACUUUUCAGUGUGAAAAAUUAAAUUCAGAUAAUGAAGACCUCCAGGCUCGAAUUGAGACACUACAGUCCAAUGCUAAGUUAUUAGAAGUACAAAUUUUAGAAGUCCAGAGAGCCAAAGCAAUGGUAGACAAAGAAUUGGAAGCAGAAAAACUUCAGAAAGAGCAGAAGAUACAGGAACAUACCAGUACUGUAAAUGAACUUGAAGAACUUCAGCUACAACUUCAACUGGAAAAGAAACAGCUCCAGAAAACCAUGCAAGAAUUAGAGCUAGUUAAAAAGGAUGCCCAACAAACUACAUUAAUGAAUAUGGAAAUAGCUGAUUAUGAACGUUUGAUGAAAGAACUAAAUCAAAAGUUAACCAAUAAAAAUAGCAAAAUAGAAGAUUUGGAGCAAGAAAUAAAAAUUCAAAAACAGAAACAAGAAACCCUACAGGAAGAAAUGACUUUACUGCAGACUUCAGUGCAACAAUAUGAAGAAAAAAACACCAAAAUCAAGCAAUUGCUGGUGAAAACCAAGAAAGAGCUGGCAGAUUCAAAGCAAGCAGAAACUGAUCACUUAAUACUUCAAGCAUCUUUAAAGGGUGAGCUGGAGGCCAGCCAACAACAAGUAGAAGUCUAUAAAAUUCAGCUGGCUGAAAUAACAUCCGAGAAACACAAGAUUCACGAGCACCUGAAGACAUCUGCAGAGCAGCACCAGCGCACUCUGAGCGCCUACCAGCAGAAGGUGACGGCUCUGCAGGAGGAGAGCCGCACCGCCAAGGCGAAACAAGCUGCUAUAACCUCUGAAUUUGAGAGCUACAAAGUCCGAGUCCAUAACGUUCUAAAACAACAGAAAAAUAAAUCCACGUCUCAGGCUGAAACUGAGGGAGCUAAGCAAGAAAGGCAACACCUGGAAAUGCUGAUUGACCAACUAAAAAUCAAAUUACAAGAUAGCCAGAACAACUUACAAGUCAAUGUGUCCGAACUUCAAGCACUCCAGUCCGAGCACGAUGCUCUGCUCGAGAGGCACAACAGGAUGCUACAGGAAACUGUGUCCAAAGAGGCGGAACUCCGGGAGAAGUUGUGUUCCAUACAAUCCGAGAACAUGACACUGAAAUCUGAACACACGCAGACGGUGAGUCAACUGACGUCCCAGAACGAGGCCCUUCGCAGCAGCUUCCGAGAGCAAGUGCGACAUCUGCAGGAAGAGCACAGGAAAACAGUGGAGACGUUGCAGCAGCAGCUCUCCAAGGUGGAAGCCCAGCUCUUCCAGCUUAAGAGUGAGCCGACCACAAGAAGCCCAGCUUCUUCCCACCAGUCUUUGAAGAACCUUCGAGAAAGGAGAAACACAGAUCUCCCACUCCUAGAUAUGCACACUGUGACCCGGGAAGAGGGAGAAGGAAUGGAGACAACGGAUACCGAGUCUGUGUCUUCUGCUGGCACGUACACCCAGUCUCUAGAGCAGCUGCUUAAUUCUCCUGAAACCAAACUUGAGCCUCCUUUGUGGCAUGCGGAAUUUACCAGAGAAGAAUUGGUUCAGAAGCUCAGCUCCACUACAAAGAGUGCAGAUCACUUAAAUGGCCUGCUUCGAGAAACGGAGGCAACGAAUGCAGUUCUUAUGGAACAAAUCAAGCUUCUCAAAAGUGAAAUAAGAAGAUUGGAAAGGAACCAGGAGAGAGAAAAGUCCGUGGCUAACCUGGAAUACUUGAAGAACGUCUUGCUUCAGUUCAUUUUCCUGAAACCAGGAAGUGAAAGAGAGAGGCUCCUUCCUGUUAUAGACACAAUGUUGCAACUCAGCCCUGAAGAAAAAGGAAAACUUGCUGUAAUUGCUCAAGGUGAGGAAGAAAAUACUUCCCGUUCUUCUGGCUGGGCGUCCUAUCUGCACAGUUGGUCUGGACUUCGGUAGAUUGAUGGAAAGAAAAUUAUUUGCGAACCAAAUGGAACCCAUUGGCAAAAAUGGUUCACAUAUCUAGCUGUCAUUCUUUUGUCAGAAAGUGUAUCCAUAGGUUCACGUCCUCAUAUACCAGGACGUGUAUGUGGAAAAUGUGUUUCAAGAGCCUCGGCUUGAAGUCCACUGCUGUCUGACACAACACAGCAGAGACCACGGUUCUGUGGUCUCCCUACACAACUCCAGAACGAAAACAUGAAGACUGGGUUCCCCUCCGCCCCGGUACCUCGGGACUCGCCCAUUUCUAGGCAGUACUGUGAAUUUUGAAGCUUAACUAAAUUUUAAUACAUCCCAACUGGAAUUUAAGCUUUUUAAGUAGUGUUUCAAGGCUGUUCAUUGCAGAUAGGUUGUUAUUGUAAAUUGUUGAGAAAAUUUGGGAAAUAGAAUGUGAAGGAAAUUAACUUAUAUUUAUCAAAGGAUUAUGAAGUAAACAUGUUCCAGUUAAUUAUUGUGAUGCUUAAGUUAAAUUACAAUUUAGUUAUUUACCUUACACUUUUCUCUCUAAAGUACUUUAUCUCAGAACUCCCUAUGUAGUUGUAACACUGAGUAGUCGGGACCACACCUCAGUAGGGUGAUUUCAUGGUGUCUCUCCAGGCUCCUGACAGGGUACGCUGCUUGCAAGCCAUGAGUCUGUUUUGAGAAUACUCUGUAUCCCCAGAUAAAAGCACCUCAGAACAGUGACUGUCCUGCCCAGCACUGUGAAUGACUGAAGCAGGUGUUUCCAGGAUCCCGGCAGUGUUAGUCCCUAAACUUUCUGUCAGUGGGAAUUCUAGGGAGACACCUUGGAGGUCAGUGCUACGUUUUCACAAUUCCUGGCAGUAACCCCAAAUGGUGGUGUUACUUCCAUUUGACACCUAGAUGUAUUUGACUAGCUCUAAACUGUGUUCUUAAAAUCAAAUUUGAAAAUUCUACUUUUAAUAUUUGUUAAUAAAUCACCAUACAGUAUGCUUUCUGAAGUUUUUAGUCUUCUAAUUUAUGCUCUAAUUUUGAGACUUAGCUGAAGAACUGAUUUUUUUGUUUUACUUCAAUUACACAAAAGAACAUCAGUUUCCAAAUUUGCUUAACCAGAAUUUGCUGCUGACAGGUUGAGUUUCUUUAAGAAAAUAUCUCCUCUGUCUUUGCUCCUGUCUUAGAAGAGCAGACCUAACUAGUGAAUGUAUUAAUAAAAGUGCAUCUAUUUCAAAGCUGACUUUAAAAGUUUAGUUUUUUUACUUUAUAAACUGUGAAUAUGAGUAUGCCAGCAGCAUACAAUGUAACUGUAAUAUUUAAAUAAAUUUUACUUCAUCUUUGACAAGCCUUUCGCAGUCUGUACAAACGUGUUUGAAAAUACAGCCUCAAAUUAUGAAUGUGAUAGCAAAUGCUUUUUUGCAUGGUGAAAAAUUACUACUUUGAUUAGAAAAGGCGCACUCUUUGAUAGCUUUAGCCCUGAGGAAACGCGGUGAUUAUUUUAAUAAAUAUGUUUCACUGUAUAUUACAUUCCAGUGGCUAGUCUUCGUCAGACACUGUCUCUCCGGGGUUUUAAGCUGAUUAUGACUUGGAAUUGCAGACUCUUCCUAAACAAUUAGGACCUGUUGGCUAGUCGAGUUGGCACAGACUGACUUCAUCAUGUGCCUGUAGCCCGUGGUGUCCUCUGUCUGACAUCCUGCUUCAGCUGAGACUGGAAGCAACAUAGGUAGGCAUUGGCCUUUCACAAAAUGGACCAAGAUUCCCCCGGGGCAGUUGCCAGCCUAAGGGUGACCUCAGUUCACGGGAUUUUUUCCGUGAGGGGCAGAAGCCACUAACUCCUCUUGGAGUUUGGCCUGUGAAAUGGGGAUGGACAGAGCAGAGGGAGAGAGAAGCAAAGGUACCACAAGAAAAAGGGAUCGAGCUGACCUGUGAACACCACAGCCAGGCUGAGUAGUUGAUGAGUAAGUGGUUUCUGUUAGCAUAUUGUUGUGUUUUCCUGCAUCGAGCCCUUACUAACUUAUUUUUCAUCAUUUCUAAUUGCUCAGAGCUGGGUCUCUAAUCCAGUGUCCUGACCAUUGCAGUUCUCACUGAAACAUUUUUAUAAACAUUUUUAUGCUCAAAAACUAUUUACCAGGAUAAAUUUAUAUCAUCAAAAUGUACUUUUUUAUAUUUUUAUUUAUUUUGAGAGAGUUACAGAGAGAAAGAGGGAGAGACGGAAAGGUCUUCCAUCACUCGUUCACUCCUCAAAUGGCCACAACUGCUGGAGAUGGGCCGAUCUGGAGCCAGGAGCUUCUUCCAGGUCUCCCACGUGGGUGCAGGGGCCCAAGAACUGGGGUCAUCCUCUACCACUUUCACAGCAGAGAGCUGAAUCAGAUGAGGACUGGCCUGGAGUGGAACCAUGCGCAUAUGGAAUGCCAACACCACAGGGGAGGCUUAGUACUAGGUAGGCCACAGCACCGGCCCCCUCAAAAUGCAUUAUUAAAGGAGACUGUAAGCGCUCAGCUUCCCGUUCUGCUGAGAACAGUACAGUGAUUUAACGCCCAUUGUUACGUAAUUAUUAAUAGCACCCUCUUUCACUCUCGGAAGACUCCAGCUGAGAAAGUACGUGUCCGUGCCACCCGCCAACACAGGAAAUACAAAGAUGACAGAAGGCGUUCAGACAACGAAAUCAUCUGGAGUAUAUUCCCUCUACCGGAGCUUUGUCCAGCUUUGUCCACCUGGCUAGGAAUAGCAAUGCUACAGAUUUAUCAGUAAAGAGAAGAUUGUGAUGGGAUUUUUUUCUUUCUCGGUGAUCAGUCAUACAAACAGUAGGAUGAACAUAGCGUGCAUUUGUAAUAGUUCAAUGAGCUCACAUGGACCCACCAGUCAGCUCAAAAAGUAAAUACUGGGAGAGGAUGGCCCAAGUGCUUGAGCCCCUGCACCUGCAUGGGAGACUGGGAGAAAGCCCAGGCUCCUGGCUUCAGAUCGGUGCAGCUCCAGCUGUUGCGACCAUUUGGGGAGUGAACCAAUGGAAGGAAGACUCUCUCUCUCUCUCUCUCUCUCUCUCUCACUCUUACUGUCUGUAACUCUACCUGUCAAAUAAAUAAAUAAAAUCUUCAAAAAAAAAAAAAAAA